UCCUCAACCUUCAACACUUUCCUGUGUGUUAUCUCAACCUCGAAUCGUCACUUCGAUCGGACCUCGCCAGCCAUGGGUCUUGACACCGUCGACGCGGGUGUGCGCAUCGCUGUGGAGAAGGAGCAAGUGGCGGAGGUGGGCCCGCACGGCCUCGCGUCAUUCUUCGUCACCACAUUCGUCCUCGCCGUGCACCUCACAAAUUGGGCGCCGGACGUGAUUUGGAUCGGGCUGGCCGUGUUUUACGGCGGCGUGGGUCAGUUCGUGGCGGGCAUGUGGGAGUUCAAGCGCGGCAACGUCUUCGUCGCCACCUCCUACUCCUCCUACGGCUGCUACUGGAUGGGCGUCGCCAUGCUCAUGCUGCUCGACAAGCUCGGCCUCGCGCCCGCGGGGUUCGAUUCGAUGAAGGCUCUGGGGUGGUUUCUGUCGGCGUUUCUGGUGUUCAACACGUACAUGACGUUCCUGACGCUGCUGCUGUCCAAGGUGGCGUUCCUCACCUUCUUCCUCCUCGAGCUCUUCUUCGUCUUCCUCGUCAUCGGCUGCUUCCGCAACGACGCCCCCGGCCACGGCUGGACCGCCGCCUCCGGCUACGCGCUGCUCCUCACCUCGCUCGCAGCGCUCUACAUGUCGGCUGCGUCAAUGUUCAACACGCUGGCCAAUCGCACCGUGCUGUGGGGCGGAUCGCCCCUUCUCAACCUCUCCAAGACGCAGUAGCCCCAGCCGCAUGGAAUUCCUUCACACACUGGCUCCUAGGAAGCAGACUCUAAAGCUGCUUCGGGCAUCUCAACCUGCCGUCAUGCAUCGCCCUCUUGUGCCUUGGUGCGUGCGGAACCUUGGGUAAGCUACGGGAACUGAGGUUCUUGACCUAAUUUAUGGGACAGUCUGUUGUGGUAGCUUUGUAUGUAGCUUUUGCAGGUAGGGAAGCAGAUGUAGCAUGAUAUGUACUACUAGUAGUGUUGACAAGACAA